CCGUUGCCCGCUGCAGCCACCACCGCCGGGUCGCGGGGGCCGCGGCACUCGGGCCGCGUCGGUGCCAUCCGGGCGCGCUGCGCGGCCGUCGCUGCUGCCCGCGCUAGUGCCGCCGCCGCCGCCGCCGCUGCCGGUUACGCCAGCUCCGCCGCCGCCCGCUCUGAUUCUGCGCAUAGGCAGCCCCCAAGCCUGUCAUUCUGCAAAAACACAGUUUACUCAACACACCACACACACACUCACACACACACGCGCGCACACACACGCGCACCCUGGCCCCCUCGCGCACACGCACGGAGGGCGCGAGCGAGCAGACGCGCACACCCGGCGAGCCAAGUUCCGCAGCCUGGCAUGGCUUCUGGGGACCUUUACGAGGUGGAAAGGAUUGUAGACAAGAGGAAGAACAAGAAAGGAAAAUGGGAGUAUCUAAUCCGAUGGAAAGGCUAUGGGAGCACGGAGGACACGUGGGAGCCAGAGCACCAUCUGCUGCACUGUGAGGAGUUCAUCGACGAGUUCAAUGGGCUGCAUGUAUCCAAGGACAAGCGGAUCAAGUCAGGGAAGCAGGUCAGCACCUCCAAGCUCCUGCGUGACAGCCGAGGCCCGUCGGUGGAGAAACUCUCCACCAGACCUUCAGAAUCUGGAAAGAGCAAAAGCACUUCUCAUAAACGGAAGCGAAUCAACCCUUCCCUGUCCAAGCCCAAGAAAGGGUACCCAGCCAAGCCCCCUGCGGGAGGUGACCGGGCCGCCAAGACCGUGUCUUAUAGGACUACUCCCAGUGGUUUGCAAAUAAUGCCCCUGAAAAAGGCUCAGAAUGGGAUGGAAAAUGGGGACACCGGGUCCGAGAAGGAUGAGAGGCAGUUUGGAAACGGGUCCCACCAGCCUGGCUUGGAUUUGAAUGAUGUUGGAGAGCAAGACCUGGGCGAGUGUGAUGUCAGCCACGCAGCACUGGCAGAGAACGGGCUCGGCUCUGCUCUGACCAACGGGGGAUUAAACAUGCACAGCCCAGUGAAGAGGAAGCUGGAAACGGAGAAGGACUACGUCUUUGACAAGAGGCUCAGGUACAGCGUCCGCCAGAAUGAAAGCAACUGUCGGUUUCGGGACAUUGUCGUGCGGAAGGAAGAGGGGUUCACACAUAUCCUGCUGUCCAGUCAGACCUCAGACAACAACGCGCUGACCCCCGAGAUCAUGAAGGAGGUCCGGCGAGCUCUCUGCAAUGCGGCCACGGACGACAGCAAGCUGCUGCUCCUCAGUGCGGUGGGCAGUGUGUUCUGCAGCGGCCUGGAUUAUUCCUAUCUAAUCGGCCGGUUGUCCAGCGACCGGCGGAAGGAAAGCACCCGCAUUGCAGAAUCCAUCAGGGACUUUGUGAAGGCCUUUAUCCAGUUUAAGAAGCCCAUCGUGGUGGCGAUCAACGGGCCCGCCCUAGGCCUGGGUGCCUCCAUCCUGCCCCUCUGCGACAUCGUGUGGGCCAGUGAGAAGGCCUGGUUUCAGACCCCCUAUGCCACCAUCCGCCUCACGCCUGCUGGCUGCUCCUCCUACACCUUCCCCCAGAUCCUGGGUGUCGCGCUGGCCAACGAGAUGCUCUUCUGUGGGCGGAAGCUCACUGCCCAGGAGGCGUGCAGCAGAGGGCUGGUGUCCCAGGUCUUCUGGCCAACCACGUUCAGCCAGGAGGUCAUGUUGCGGGUCAAGGAGAUGGCAUCCUGCAGUGCGUUGGUAUUGGAGGAGUCAAAAUGCCUCGUUCGGAGCUUCCUGAAAUCAGUGCUUGAAGAUGUGAACGAGAAGGAAUGCGUCAUGCUGAAGCAACUCUGGAGUUCCUCCAAAGGCCUGGAUUCCCUGUUCAGCUACCUGCAGGACAAAAUUUACGAAGUCUGACGGGCCUCGGCUUACUUGCCCCAGUGGUCAAGGGCACCCGACCUCCAGCUUUGCCCUGGGUUUCAGAAAUUGGAGCCCACUGUAAGCCUGGCCAAGGAGUUUGUCAAGGUGUCUCUAUACCUAGGGUGUGUUCAUUUCCUUGUCUUCUUUGGUUGUUGUUCAUUGGUUUGAUUUUGUGUAACAGAUGGAAACUGCAGCACACUUGGCCUCCCCCUUGUCCCUACCCCAACUGGCUAGAGAGCUAUUGAGGGCUAUAUCUUCCCAGGCCUCUUCCAGGUACCGUUCUGUUCCCACUUGCUGAAAUGCUCCAUCCCGGUCCAGGGGAGGGAAAGACCAGUUUCCCUGUUUUUCUGACUCAGACUGUGUCUACACAGUGCCUCUGAUUUGGAGACUUGGCUCUCCUGGUCUCUGGUUAAGUGCAGAUCUGGUAAUGGGAGACAAUCCAUCUGGGGCAAUUUCCAGGCUGAUGAGUGAAGCGCUGCGGGUAGAGCCAGCCUGUCUCCUCUCUGAUGCAAAUCCGUGUGACUUUGAGGGCUCGGUCUUAACACCCAACUGAGUGAUUUACAAACCCAGAUAUUGUACAUCUAGGAAUGUUUUGUUAAAUAUAUAUUUUUAAAACAAUGUAAGCGGAAAUUCUGAUAAUUUAUGUGUAUUAUAUGUAAAGCUAGUUUUGCAAAACAUAAACUCCUAGGAAAUUUUUUUCUUUAAUCAGACUUAUUUAAUUUAUUUAUUUUUGUUUAUAUAUUAUGAUAUCUGUCAUUCAAACAGAUAUUAUUUUCAUACUGCCCUGGACCAAAAUCCCGUAUGAGGUUUGUACUGUUUGGUACAUUCUAGCAAUGAACCAUGUAGACAUAAAGUUCAGAGAGAUAAAAAUGGAAGAGUUUCCAUGGAUAAAAGGAAUAGCUUGUACCAGAUCCUCAGCUUGCGAAAUGGUUCUCAAAUUGAGUAUUGUUCUGAGGAGAACCGCAGAGGAACUUUCUCUUCACUCUGCUGCCUUUAAGGAGGUAAAGGGGCCUCCAGCGUGAUGGGGCUGAGACAUCCAGUCCCUGAUUGCGUGACACCAGGAAGAGGUGGGGAAUAGGCCUCACCCAAGGGGUUGCACAGUGUCCAGAGUAAGACUUUCUUCUUUGGGGGUGAAUGACUGAACUUUGAUCUCAGAGUUCACUCCAUCCAUGUGGGCAGCCAUGUCUGGUGUGGAUUUCCAGGGAUGUGGAAGGCAUUUCCAGUCUGGUGGUCUGUCAUUAGAAGGACUGAAUCUUUCCAUGUCCUGAAGCUCAGGUGACCUAUCUUUUUGUUAGGUGUUUGCUCACAACGGGAAGCAAUAACCAGGGAUGAGGUCUCCUGCUCUCGGACCCCUGGGCUGCACAGGGACCCCAGCACCUAAAUGUAGACCAUCAACUCAAAAGUCUGUGGAUUGGCUGUGGGGCAGGAGGGGUUGUGGUUUUGGUUGGUGAGGAGAAAGGUCAACAUCAAGGUUAGAGCACCCAGAGAAAGAUUCUUAGAGCAGGAGGGUUGUUCUAUCACCAUCACAACCCCUGAGUGUCCUCAGAGGCCCCUUUGCUCACCCGUCUUCCCUUGCCCUGAGUUAGUCACCAGUGACUCUUGACCUUGGAGAGAGUUGGGUGGAGCAGUGAGAGUUGGGCACAGCUGGGGGAGGGGCGGUGGACCAAGAAGAGGAGGGUCAUUGCUCCGAUUGGUCAUGUACUUCUCUCUCUGGUCCUCUUUUCUCUUUUAAAGGUGACCAGAUGCAAUGGGCCAGGCAGAUAAAAAGGAUUCAUGGUUCUGAGCUUUGUGUUUCAGAGGACACGUUGAGUGUCUGUACUACGGCUAGAGACAUGGUCCUUUAGACAGUGAAUCUGAAGUUUACCUGGACUCUUAAUCCUUAAGAUGGUCUUGGUUCCCUCUGUAGAAAGCCUUUCUACUUUGGACUUUCCCCCAUGACUUCAUGGGGCUUCUUCUACCUUCUUCUAUCUCAGCCAUGUUGGUCGUGGGGCCCAGCAGGGGACAACCACCUUGGCUGAAUUCAGCCAGACGAAGAUUAAAGCCCUGUGUGUCCUCCCCUUUGUCCAUGUGGGAUCUGCAGGCACUGCAGACCUAGACAAUGGGGAGUUACUCUGGGGAAACACCUGCUUUUGCCCAAAUCCACUUCGAUUUUGUCUCUUCCUGGGAGAAAGCAAGUGUACGCUUUCCCAAAGUCCCUAGACAAACCGCCUUCUUGUGUGUUGUGGCAGGUAAUCUGUGCAGCAUUGCUAAACCCUUCAAAGAAAGAGACCCUUGCUUUCUGUUUACCUUCUAGGGGCAGAUACAUUGACCAUAGAAGCAGUGUCAGGAUUCAUGUUGGAGGUGGAAGAGAAUGUUUGGAAAUUCCUUUCAAUCAAUGUCCAUCUUGUUCCCUGUUGAAAGCAGAAAUAUUUUAGCUUUGGACAUAUCACAAAUCCAAACUUCUCGACAUUUCAAGGAUCUCUGAUGAUAAGAUAGGAAUGUGAAACUUACCAAGGUGGAGUUCCUCUCGUUAACUCGUGGAUUCUGCUUCUAACAGGAGGUGUUUCAAAAGCUGGUCUGUGUUUGGACUGUUUCCACAUAGUCAGUUAGGGAAGGACACCCCACAAAUUGGGCAGAAGUUGGCUGUUACCUACAGGGUAGACUGAACCUCUGAGUUUUUCACUUUCUGAGCAGUUGUUCUGAUAAUGUGCAGAUGAAAUCCAAAUGACUUAUAGCAAAUAGAGUUGGGAUGGAAAAUGCCAGACCUGUGGGGUGUCAGAAUUUGUCCUCAUAGCCCUAUAUUCUUGAUUUAGGGCUCAGGCUUUCACUUGUUCUCUUCUGUCCCAGCACCCUCUCUUUCUUUACCCAUAGGACCCUUUCUUCACUCUGUCCCCUGCUCUGUCCCCACCCAACCCUACCCCACCCCACCCUGGGUCUGUCACUUCCUGGGCAGGUCUUUGAGGAAUUGUGCCUGGUUUUAGCAGCCCCAUCCUAGAAUUACCUGUGCAGUUGGAAAAGAGCCGUGGGUGGGAAGUUAAGGCUACCUCCUUAGUCAGGGAACCUUACUAAGCCACAGGUGGUACACACAAGGCCCACGGGCCAAAUCCGGCCCUCCAUCUUGUUUCUACCUGGCGACAGCUGAGCUCUCGCUUAACUCUUAAGGAGUAUUUACAUUCAUACAGUCCUCAAAUUACAUUCGGCCCUUUGAAGGCAACUUCGAGGCUGAUGUGGCCCCCGGUGAGAAUGAGUUUGACACCCCUUUUCUAGGCGGUCCACUCCUUGCCAUCUUGUUAGCCACGCAUUUGACCUCUCCUCCCCUCCCUGCUCGGAUCCCUGGUGAUUAGCACCAGCAUCUCGUAGUGGACCCACUUGUGUUAACAGCCCCAUUCCAAGAGGGCUUUUUGUAGAACGUGUUAAGAUGGUCAGAGCUCUUCACCAUUUGGAAGCCACAGGCUACUGCUGAUGAUGUGCCCACGUGUCUCUUCUGGCUUUGGAGUAAUGUCUGUGGGUAAAUACCAUCAAAAAUUACCCUCUAAGGAUGAAAUUGGAUAGCUAUGAGAAGGUAGUAGAGAAUUGAUUUAAAAUGUUAUUCUUGUUUGGUUUAGAUUAAACUAGGAAAUGUUCUCUCUGAAGCAUGAAAAUAUGUUUGUUUUUCAUAUAAAGUUUAAUAUGAGGAUGGCAAAAUAAUAGUCACAAUAGACUUUGAUCAAUGCAACUGUAUCUUUGAACACCCACAUUUAAAAAAUUAGCCUUGACUGAAUGCCAAACUGCAUUUCCCAUUAUUAACUGUUGGUUUAAAAAAAUUUGUAAACUUUUUAAAAUUUGAAAUUUAGUUACAUUAAUGCAAUUUUACAGUCUAGUUCCUGUGGAAACCUUUUUUUGAAACAAAGAUAAACGAAUAGAAACAUCUUCAGAUUUUCCUAAGUGAAUAUUUAAAAUGCAGAAUUGCUUUUCUUCUGUGUUUCUGUCUUCAGAUACUUAGGUCUCUUGUAUAUAUUAGUUUAGACACUCUCACUAAUAUACACAGUAUUUAAGACUCUGAAUGAGAUUUCUUAAGUAUUUUAUUUUAUUCUCUGUAAAUGGUUUUGUAUAAUCUUUAAAAAAUCUACACUUUGCCUUUGUAGAUAUUUAAGGGAAACCAUUUGGGGGUUGUCUUGCAUGUAUAUUUUUGUUGUAGAUAUGUGUUGCUUAGUUAUUUCUGCAAAUUUUGGUUGAAAUGCUUACAGACUUUAAUACAGUAUAUAUUUUCAGAAUAUAAACUUUUAUAUUUCUGUGAUAAGUUAGAAUAUGCGUUUUAGGCAAUCUUUUCCAUUAAUAUCACUCCCCCCCCACAAAUAGCUUACUGGUUUGGUGCCAAUGUGUUUCUUUCUUUUUUUUCCCCCCAUUAGACUCUAAUGCUCUUAUAUUGUUAGAGAGCAGGUUAAUUUUUUUUCUUAAAGUAUAAUUUGAAAAUGUGUUGCAUUUGUGGAUAAGCCUUACCAUUAGGAUCAGUAAAUUUUCCAACCUUUGCAACUACAUAUGUAGUUUAAGAUCUCCCCAUAAAUUCUCACUGUGUGGCAGUUGAUGGAGUUUGUGAACAGAGCCUUAAGCUUGUUGCAAAAAAAAAAGGGUAAUACGGGUUGUUUCUUCCAAGCAGUGCAAGCCAUGUUGGUGGACCCAAUGCAGUCUCUAGGUCAUGGCUAUUUAAAGAGCUUGGUUGAAUUGAUGGCCACAGGGGCCACAGAGGCACCUUGGUGAUUGCCUUUGGCCAUACACAUGGACCAAGAACAGGUUUUCUUGAACCACCUUUGUACUCUUCACAUGGUUUAGUCAUGGUCACAGUGGGGAUUGUUGGUCCAUCAUUUGUUCUGAACAAAUGGCAUUUCCUGCUCCUGACCUUGGCGGUUGACCCCAGGUUUCUUAGAGGUGACUUGGAAACAUCCAGCCUGGCUGAGAUCAGCAUUCCUUGAGAGAUGUUAAUAAAGUUUACAUGUGAGUCUUACUUGUGUAGACAAUCUGAAGUCGAUUUUGGUUACAUAAUCAGCAUUCCCAUGUGUCCUGAGCAUCUUAUCAACAAACUAUGUGUGUUAAGCCAUACCGAACCCGCGUUCAGCAGGGCAGAGGCAGACUAGAUGCAGAACUACACAUCGGCUGAGCCCGUCCGCCCAGGGCUGUUCAGAUGGAGCUCAUUGGUGGUGUGUCCACUGUGUUUGGGAACUAAUAAAACCAAUGAAAAUUUAGACUUAAAUUUUCUUAAAAUGAUGAUUCCUUUCAGUUGGUCACACUUCCCAUAGUUAUCAGCUGAUUUUCCUUAUCAAGGAUUUACAGAUGAUUUUGAGACCAAGGCUAUAGUAUGGGUGAAGUAUUUGGUUCAUCCUGAAUAGCAUUUAUAAUCUACCAUUGACAUGGAAAUAAGCUCCAAAUGUUUGCAGUAUGUAGCAGUCAGAACAACUGACAUCUAGUUUUCAGCUUCAUCUCUGGCAUGGUCCAUCAUGCCUUGUGAGCGCAACACCUGGCCUGCUGCUGGAGCUCAGUAAGGCAACUCAGGCGAGUUUGGAGGGUGUAGUUUUCCAUCUAGUAUUUAAUUUGUCCCUGCGCCAUUAGUCCCAGCUUGAAGUCAUUUGCUGAUGCCCAUGUUGACUGGAUUGUGAAAAUAUUGCCUUUCAUAGAACCAAGGACCAAAGAAUUUCAUUAUUUCAACAAAGCAUGAGUUUUAUAGAUUAUAGGCACAUCUAGAAAGAGGUGUGCAUGUUUCAUGGCACAAAGAAGCUGCUCACGUCCAUCAACCUCGUGCUGCCCUGGCUGGCCAUGCACAGGGAUGUUUUGUCACCUCGAGAAGGCUCUGAAAGAUGAGUUUCUCAGAUGGAAACGAUCUCAGGUGGGUGUGUUUGCUGUGCAGCCCCAGCCUUUAUCCAUUAUCACAAAAAGUGGAGGUCUGGCAUUCUUCUGGGUUCUCUGACCAGUGUAGACCGCUCCAUCUGAAUAACUGCCUCCAGUGCGAGUUUUUCAGAUGCGUCUACACUGAGCAGCAGCCUUGCAGUUGCUGAAUUUCCACCUCCUUGUGUUCUACAUCGACCCAUUCCAAUUCCUGGUUGACGUGAGAAGGAUUUUCUUCAGUUCUCACACCAGAUGAUGCUCCAUUCUCAUUCACCAUGAAAUCAUCAAUCCGUUGACUGGUUGAGACAUGAUUGAUGCUGAAGAAGUGGUAUUCUAGUGGUAAGGCUUAUUACCAAACUGAUAAUGAAGCAGGCUACCAAAAACUUGUCCAGCCCACCCGAGGAGUGUUUGGGUUUGAUCAUGGAUGUAGCGCACACACCAAAAUCCAAGGAGACCUUUGCAAAUUAGGCUACUCAUUUUCUUUUGCCAGGUUGUCAUGGGAGAGUCUUGAACUAGUUCAGAAUAUUUGUAAGUAUGAGUACUUCAUAGAAUUAUCAAGCAGGUGCAGCUGACCCUUUCUCACCACGUUGUAAAUAUUUCCCGAGACUGGGUGCAGUACUGGGGGAUAAUAAUCUUCUGAUUUAUCAACUGCUGACUGUCUAGAGCAAAUUGUACACUCUCUUUGUGAAUGGUCCUGUAACGUGUAUGAACACAUUUCUGGGUGCCUUAGAAGUUGUAUUUUCAUGUGUGCUAAUAUGCAGUAUUUAUACAUUGUGAAAAGCUGCUUUGAAUAAAAAGGUUGAAACUUUA